ACUACUUUUAACAUAGCUUCGAUUGCUUCACUUAUUCUGAGGACAUAAGUUGAAUUAUAAGUUUUUAGUAUUUCGGUUAUUUGGAUACGGUAGUGUUGUUUCUUUGGAUUUCGGUGACGAUAAUCAUGGCAUCAGCAGACGUUGGUAUGGCGUACCAGCCACCUUCUCAAAUAAGUCCUCAGAGUGGUAAUAUGACAACAUCAACUAAAGUGCUUAAUCUUUCGAGAGCCCAAGUCAACUUGGCUCAACCAGCAUAUGGUGCCUAUCCAACAUCAAUAUCCCCACAACAAUCCACUCACACAAAUGCUUAUAAUUAUGCAACGCAACAAAGUCAAUCACCCCCAUUUUAUGCUUAUCCCAGUCAGACAGGAGUUGGACAACCUGAUAACAACUUUAAUAAAACAGGUUUUCAAAAUUUUGCGCAACCCCAAGUUUUCACAAUUGGUUCUAGUCAGGCGUCUCAAAUGCAGCCAACUCAGUAUCGACAACAAAUUCAACAGUCUCAACAACCGCAACAGUAUCGAGUUGUUGCAACUCCUUUGCAAACUACAAACAUGGAGCAACUGAAUGCUUAUCCUGUAAGUCAGAUUAAUUCGCAACCUUCUUACAACACUCAACCAAAUGUCAUUUACUUCGGUCAGUCUGGACAAACUCAGCAGCAAUUACCGCUACAGCAACCUUACCAUCCAGAAACACAACAGCAAGCAGGUCAAGUGGUAUAUGCAAGACCAGCCAGUCAGUCUUACGCUCCUCCAGGAACUGCCUAUCCAACUCAAGCACAAUUUACACCACAGGCUAACACAGGCGCAUUAUCCUUUCAGCCAACCAAUCAGCUAACACCUUCGUCCCAGCCAAUCAGCGUUCAGCCCGGUUAUCAGGUUAAUCAAACAGGCCAGCAGAAUUUUAAUCAGGCAUCAAGAUUUCAACACGUGUCAAAUCCUCUACCACCUUCACAAACUCCCCAGUUUCAAGUGCAAAAUCAACAAGUUUAUUCUCAAAUUCAAUCAAAACCUCAAUCACUAGCACAACCUUACACUUCACAAACUAAUUUUAAUCAAGUUGAACAGAAACCAACACAAGUUGCACAAUCCACUUGGAGUGCACAAGCUAAUAAUCAAGUAAUUGAUAACAGAGAAAAACAACAAUAUUAUCAACAACAACAACAACCAGUUCAAACUUAUCAACAAGUUCAAACUAAUCAGUUCAACACACAGAAUACUUUACCACCUAUUGUAUCUAGUCAAGGAUUUGAUCAACAAGUACCCAGACGUAUACCUUCUGGUGGUCAGUCAAAACAAAUUAAGGUCAAAUCACUGCCAAUGCGUAAUUCGGUUAGCAUAGAUGGUAUUGACUCAUCUGGUCCACCACAGUUUGUUGUCCAUCCUGUAGGCCAACUAACCAUAGCAGAAGGUGAACCAGCUAAUAUAACUGCUCGUGUACGUCCGGCUGGUGAUAGUACAUUGAUUGUUGAGUGGUAUAAAAAUGGCAAGCCAUUACCAGCAGCUUCUCGUUUCACAACGACAUUUGAUCGAGGCUACGCAGUGCUCGAUUUUCUAUACGUGAAUGAGGAUGAUAAUGGAGAUUAUUCCUGUGUAGCAACGAACAGUCAAGGCCAAGACCAAUCAAGCAGUUGUCAUGUGACAAUUAUACCAGAAGAGGGAGUUGUCACUGAAACUCAAUUACCAGAAGAAUCUAUGAUUGCAAAUCUAGCUAUGAUGGAAGAUCAUUUAGUAAGAAAUGGAUUAGAUAGAGCUAAUCGUUAUCAUGACGAUAUACGUCCAACAAAUCCACCAAAUUUUCUUAAACCACUUGCACCACAAGUUGGUCUUCGUGAAUCGGCUCCAGCACAUUUCGAAACAUGUGUAGAACCCACAAAUGAUCCUUCGUUAACCGUUGAAUGGUAUAAAGAUGGCAAACCUGUUAGCAUGGGCUGUCGUUUUAAUGCUGUAUUGGACAGGGGAUUUGCUAUGCUAGAUAUUCAUUAUUGUUAUCCAGAAGACAAUGGAGCAUACUUUUGUGUAGCACGUAAUGCAGCAGGACAGGUACAAAGCAACGUGGUUGAAUUACAAUGUAAUGCAGAUGAACAUAUUGUCACUAGUUCAGUAUUAUCGAAAGAAUCAAUUACAUAUCUUCAAAGUUUGGAUGCUUGGGAAAGUGAUGCAAUGGCAGGUUAUGAUACAGUUAAAAGAGAAGAAGAAGAACCGCCAUCUGCACCGUCAUUCGAUAUUCUCCCUGUUGCUGUCACUGUCACUGAAGGUUCGCCAGCUAAAUUUAUUGUUAAAGCAGGUGGUUAUCCAAGGCCUAAAAUAUUCUGGUAUAUUAAUGGGGAAUUGAUAGCCUCAUCUGGAGGUGGAGGAAAUUGGAGAAUAUUUCAAGAUGGUGGUAUUAGUAAUCUAGAAUUUCAUCGUGUUGGUACACCUGGUGAAUUACAUAUUAAAGCUGUUGCAAGAAAUAAUAUGGGUGAAGCUGCUGCUGAAACAAUAUUGAUUAUUGAACCACAAUUAGACUUUAGACCAGAUCUACGUCAUGUUGAACCAGGUAAAUAGAUUUAAAUUUCCUGAAUAUGUUUACUUAUAUUUCACAACAUGAACUCAUUCUUCACGGUUAUUUUCUUUUUUUUACUCUUCCUACUAUAAUGAACACUAAUCUCAAUUUUUCUGCAUUUUCUUAGAAGUCACAAUUUUAUCAGUAUAGGGUUGUGAAGAUUAUCAAGCUUUUGAUUGAGAUCAUGAAUCCACUGAUGUUCACUAUUGACCAGCUUCGUGAGGGAAUUCUCGAGGUUCUAAUGAGAAGCCGUAACCAAUGGAGCUAAUCCAUGUCAGAUAGAGACAGGUAUCUGCCUCAGUACAAUGAAAGAUGGUCGCGCAAUUUCGUGAAUUGGUGUAGGUUAGACAUUAACACCGUUGGAUGCCGGCUAAGUGGUCUAGAGGUAGAGCGUUCGCGUGCGAGACUGAAGGCUCUGGAUUCGAAUACCGCGAGUGAGAUCGUAGUUAUAAACUGCUGAGGAGUGCCACAAUGGGGCGAGACAGCCGUCCAGUGCUUCCAGGUUUUUAAUGGUGGUCUAACAUCAGUCAAUUCAUAAUCUCAAUCAAAAAGUCAGAAUCUUGUUUGCUUUUUCAAAACAAAUGGAAUUUUAUUAUUUGAUCAUACUGUACUACUUUACUUGGGAUGAGUUUAGUGUGCAAUUAUUUUUUACCCUAUAAAUUUAUGUUUUUAUGUCAUUUAGACACUUCAUAAAAGUACAAAGCCAGAACGUACCUGAUAUCAUCUGAUAAGUGAGAUUAAAUUUCACAAGUCGAUGAAUCAACUGUAAGAUGUAAAUUUAACAAUUAUUUUGAUUUAACGGCUGUAUAGUAAUAUUUUCUUGUGAUGCGAUAUACUUACUUGCUUAUACCAGUUACUCCUUGGAAAACAUAUGCCACUGACCAGAAUCCAAAUAGCCUAUUCUAUCUUGUGCUGUCCUUCCUAAUUGUUGCCAAGUACUAUUUAUUCUUUCUUCUGAUGUCUAUCCAAACAAGCUAUCUGUCCUUUUUUUUCCUAUGUAACAAAACUAUUCAUAUAUGUUCUACAUUGAAACUAAUUUACAACUCCUUAUAUAGUUUAACUGUCAAAAGAAUUUGAUAUAAAAAGGAAAAAGUAUCCUUCCAGAUUGAAUAGUUCAAUGUAUACUGUGUUGCAAAGGUGAAAAAAAAAGAAAGAAAAACAACGUGUAUAAUAUCGUAACAUGUGUUCAUUAAAAUAUCACAAUAGUGACAGUCAAUACUUGUCAUUGAAUAGAAAGUACAUUUUAUUUAAUAUACGAUCGAACAAUUGAUAUUUGACUGUUGUUUUUUAGUGGUAAUAUUUUUGAAAGAUAUUUUCUAUUGUUAACAAUCGUAAGGCUAACAAUUCUAUAAGGUGACAUUACAUACAGAUUUUUCUGAAUAUGUCAUGGAGAUACAUGUAUUCAAAUGCCACGAGAAAACUCAGCUCUUUGAAUAUUGAAAUUACUUGUCUUUGAUAAGUGUCAAGCAUCACAAUACAUGGAAUCUCAAUGCUUUCAACUAACAUUGUGUGAAAUAAAAAUACGUUUAAGUAACCUACUUUUUAGCUAAACAUCAUAGUUUGGUCACAGUAUUACUCUACAUAUACAAAGUUAAAUAUCUGUUAUAGAACUGUGAAAUAAAUAAUAAUUCUGGCAGGAAAACGUUUAUCAAAUAAAUAAAUCGAGUUGUUGUUCUAGAAUAAAGCAACUUAUAAUUCUUCUAUGUAAAAUAACAAGGAAACUGGCUUAUAAACAAUGUAAUUAAAGAAACAAGAAAAGGUUUGGGAAGAAGUAAACUAAUUAGUCUAUUAAAAUCAAUAAGGCAAUUGAAAGUCAACUGUCGACUCUUGUAGGAUAUAAGCAUCACUUUUGAUCUAUAUAGUUUCUAUAACAUCUGUAUGAAAUAAAAUUUCAAGGACAGUACGUAAUCACAUUAUACUGGCGCUAUGAUUAUCCAUGAAUGUUACUUUUAUAAAUCUAGGUAUGUGUUAGCGAGUUCGUUCAUCGUAAUAUGAUUUUGAUGCUGUGUUCGCUUCUGGCUACUGGCUGAGCAAAAGUAGAACUGCAUUUCAGACCAACAACCUUUAAGUUUUGUUCUCAGCUUUUAUCUCCCUAUUAUCAUAUAAUCGAUUACCAGGUCACUAAUACUGCGUAGACGAUCUAUGCAAAAUUAUCAAUGCUUGGAGAGGUUAAUACAACUCCCAUUCUGUAAUUACGGCCCAAUCACAUGGGUUUCGAUAAAAUCCAAGUAUAUUAAGUUGAUUUGAAUCGUUUGAAUGAUCCUGUUAGUGGCAUUUUGAGUGAAAUUUAAUCAACUAUGGAAUGCAGAUGCAUUCGACUGAUGAGUCUCGGGUAAGACGAAUCAUGGAUCCCACUCUGUUAUGACCUUGGAUGGCUUUUACCCCGUGAUACUUGUUAUGACUUCACCUUGAUCUGUUUAGACUAAACUGUGACCUUGACGCGCUAGGCUGAGUGGCUUAACCUUGAGUCUAAUACGCGUGAGUUCGAUCGGGGUAGAGAGAACUAUUCUAAAUCCUGAUUGGUUGGCAAGCACGCGAGUGAAAGAAGACAAGACAGUUGGAACACUAAACUCUGGAUUCCCUGAAUUCAGAUUACUACAAAAAUGUACAUGAAUAAAUAAGUGCAUAUCUUGACCACGACGUACGAUAAUUUGGAAAAAUACAGUUAUGCCCGAAACAGGGAAUUAGGGUAGAAAAUAUAGUGCAAAAUAUAAUGUUUAAAUCACAAUAUUUUUGGAACAAAAAAGGGUAUGCUAGUGAAUGAUACAUAGAACGAAAGCUCGUGUUAUGUAGAAUAAGAUAGGGACAAAAAUGAAUAUAAGUGUUUUACAGGUUUUGAAUGAAAUGCAAUAACGUCCCAAGAAAAUAGCUUUCGUAAUUGUCUGGGCUUCUUAAUUCCCCGUUCAUAACACACUCCAAGCCACAUUACAUCUAUUCUAUAUAAAUCCAAGUAUCUACUUUUUUCCGUUACGUCAGUUACAUAGUUGUUGGGGACGAUAGAUCCCCAAAACUCAAAUUUUGUAAUUUACUUAUCGAUUAAAUGUGCAGAUAGGUCAAUUGAUGAACUAUCGA